AUACGGAGGCGCACAGGAACAACAGUAAGCGGACAACAGCGAAACAUUUCCUUAUCGUUAACAUUUAUUCACAGUUGUUAACAGAGCAACCCUAACUCAGUCAAAUCUCUGAAUCCAAACGCUCUCAAAAUGGGCUCUGAAGGGUCAAGUGUUGUCGUGCCUAGGAAUUUCAGAUUACUGGAAGAGCUUGAGAGAGGAGAAAAAGGAAUUGGGGAUGGGACUGUCAGCUAUGGAAUGGAUGAUGCUGAUGAUAUAUUAAUGCAAUCAUGGACUGGGACUAUUAUAGGUCCCCCCAAUACUGUGCAUGAAGGACGUAUCUACCAGUUGAAACUUCUCUGUGGCACAGAUUAUCCAGACAAUCCACCAAGUGUGAGAUUUCAAACCCGGAUAAAUAUGACCUGCGUCAAUCAGGAGACUGGAGUGGUUGAACCAAGUCUUUUUCCCAUGCUUGCUAAUUGGCAAAGGGAGUACACAAUGGAGGACAUUUUGACUCAACUGAAGAAAGAAAUGAUGUCUGCACAAAACUGGAAGCUUGCACAACCGCCCGAAGGCAAUGAAGAUGGAAGGAUGGAUCACAAGGGAUUAGUGCUCAAGUGUUGUAUUCUCUGAGUCACACCGAGACGUGUAUGAAGGUGAGAUAAUGUAUAUAACGUCUAUACAUACAAUAUAUUAUUUGAACUGCGGCUGUUACAUGAAUACAUAUGCAUGUUUGAGAAAGUUUUCAUUAGUUCCAUCAAAUGGUGGCUAAAUAAGAUUUAUUUGGAAUCUAUGGCAUGUUCAUAA